AGAUUUUUGCUACUGUUAGGAGUUAGAAUUCCGACGAAGACCAUCCCCCGUGUGCUAUGCUGUUGCUGCCAUAAGGAUGAGCAUGUUGCUUUAUCUUGAAUAGGCGGCCUCGACGACGGAGAGGCCAGUGAAGAAAUCAUAACUCGCCCUUCUUGGUCUGCUCUUAUAUCACGACGAGAGCAGGCUCGUGGCGCCGUCAGGCUCAAAAGCAGUCAGCGGAGCGGAGAAAAAUGUCGUAUCAACAUCGACGGUCUCGUAUAGGGAAGUCUUCAUCAAGAAGACCACUUCCACCUCGAAGAUCUCUCUCGGAUCUUGGGAAUGCGAGUUUUCUCGAGAUGGAAGACACGACAACAUGUUCGCCGUCUUCACCUGAGCCUGAGGAUACUGCUCAAAUAAAUCAUGAAGGAGAAGAAUCUUCACGAACAAGAGGAUUCAGAUUUGUUCUACGGGCUCCUACGAAAGGCAGAAAACGGCGCCCUGAUCACCUAGUCAGGCGUGGUACAACUGGAAUGACAAUGCUGCUUGUCCAACUUCAACUUUUCCAUUGUGGCUUUUUGUCGGAUGGAGUUUUGGGGAAAACCGCAGCCAGUAUUAUGGAACCUAACUACUUACUUCUACUGGCGGAUACUGAGUUCUACUUCUUGUUUUUUGUGUUAUUGUUUCGCUUUUCUAUGUACGUGGUCUUCGCCUUCGGCGUUUCAUAUUGUAAUUGUUGUUGAGUUCGAAAUCGAAGAUGAAAGCACUCUACAACUCCGUCUGCAGAUGACUAAAUAAGUACAUCAAAGCACGAGGACGACAAUAGAAAUAGUACUACAGAUUCGAAGUGUAGUAACUUCUUGAUACAGCACCCAAACGAAACGUGACACCAAAAAAAAAGUUUCUAAGAAACGUGACACCGCAAUUCGUGUGCGGAGUUCGGGUCAGACAGAACGCGAUGACGCUAUAGGAAAGGACCAAGACGGACUAGGAGACCAAGAGGACGAGUCUUUCCUCUCUUCGCUGAUUAUGUCCUUCUACAUAUCUCUAUGUCUGUAGAAGUUGUUCUACACGUGAUAUCUAUAGCUCCAUACCCUCUCUCGGACAUCGUCAGUUACAGUUUCAUCUCUCUAUCUUCUCCAUCUAUACAUUUACAUGUCGUCUUCUGGGGUCGAGUCUCGGCCGUGACUUGGUGGAUCACACAUGAGACACAUGACAUGACAUGACGUGGCAUCUCCUAUUUCCACGACGUAAACUACACCUGCGUUCCCUAAAAAUUCGUUUUUGUGAUUUCGUGAAUUGAUAAUGUGUGGGUCAAGUAGUACGAGAAGUGUGUAAAAAAAGAAGAACUUAGACUGAUGUUUCAUGGAAGUUUCGCUUGCCACUGACUAAGUUGCAAGUAAAAUAAGAGAUUGCAACCAGCAGCCGCUCUAACCUGAAGGACGAUCAAGGAGGGAAGUCAAGUCAUGGCGCCAGAACUGCGAUGACGAGUGAGCAGACGGCUUCGAGGAAUAGCGCAAAUAACCGCACCUCUAACGUUGUAUCAACAUCGCCGUCUGGCACCUCCAGUGGUAUUUCACCUUCCUCUAGACCCUCUUCUUCCUCUAGCGGAGGUUUUGCUGCCUUGUCCUCUUCUACAACUUCUGCUACUGGUGCUACACGAGGACACGAUGAGGAUGGACCAACAACUCUUGAUCGUAGACAUGAUUCAGUGGGAGAACGAGGCCUUCAAGACGACAAUUUCUUGGACCACGAUGUAGAAGAGGAGAAUGUAGGACAAGUAGAUGACAGAAAGCAGGAAAAGGAUCAUACUGCACAAGCACAACUCUUAUCGCAAGAAGAGCAAGAAGAAGAGCAACAUGUUGAUGCUGAUGAACAAAUAGAGGUUAAAAAAACGAAAACCAGAGGACGAGGAACACGCCAACAAGACCCAAGUAGAACGUCUGCAUCGAACAAAGUCUCAUCUUCUGUGCAAAAACGUGGGAGAGCGAGAACUUUAUCAAGGGGUCCUGUCCAGCUUACGCCUACUACCGCCUCUCCGUGUAGGAUGGCAGCGGAUAACAGCAUCACAAUUAUGAGCAUCAUCAACUGCAUCUGCAAACACUAUCAGGGGCUUCAUUUGUAUAUUACUUCUAUAGUUAUUUGUAAUGAGUAUGAGUCAGAGUCUCAUUAUUUUAUCACGUAAAAAACCUCUCCAUCACGUAUAGGUAGGACGGCAUGGCGAAACCACUAGAAUAUACUCGAAGACUGAAAAUAAGCGAGUUACUGACUGAAAUAAGGCGCGUAGCUUUUAUAAGCUAUCAUCAUUAAUAUUGUGGUCCGCUGUGACCUUCACCCUCACAGAUCGAAAACUACUUCUAUAUAGAAGGACGGAGUAUUCUCUUCAGUUACUUGUUGCUUAUUUCAAUUUAUCGAAUACAUGCGCAGAGCAUCAGCGCGAUCUCUGUUCCCCGUUACUUUCGGGGAUUUUACACGAUUAUCUUCAACGGAUGGAGGGCAUCAAAGCUGUAUUUGAGUGCACCACCAAAGAAGAUCAUUUUCAUAACCAGGAUGUUAGGUCCUUCUAUAUAGAAGUAGUUUUCGAUCAUUUUCCUUCACCCUCACAGAUCGAAACCUACUUCUAUAUAGAAUAUUAACAAUAAGGUUGUAGACUUACACUUACUACUACUAGACGUAAAAAAGGACAACUACGUAUAGUUAUAGUACAACUACGUAUAGUUAUGAUUUCUACUUUCACCUCCUAUUACUAUAAUUAGAUAGUAGUAUUAUACAAGAACUGAUAUCAGGUAGUAGAAGAGUUGUGCAAGUAGGUACAACUACAACGAACUGAUGAAAAAUGUUCUUAGAGAAAACAGGAAGGUCAGGAGCAGCGAACAAGAGAUAAACCGCGACCACUCUAAUGAAAUUGACCAGCCAACUUUUGCUAUCUCGGUGGGUCAGAGCAAUCCGAUAAAAUACGAAUGGCCAGCAGCGCAUUUUAGCCCUGCGGUGAGUGCCGCAGACGAUGGAGGUCUUGCAAUUACGAAUCUUCGAGUCCUCUUCGCAUACAACGUAUAUCGGAUAUCAGAGUAGUUUAUAGCACGCAUGGCGCAUGGAGUAGCAUGGAGUGCAUGGAGCGCAGAGCUCUAAGGGGCGCAAGAAGCUCCCCCUUUAGCUCCAUGCUCCUCCAUGUGAUCCAUGCACUCCAUGCCGUGCGAGCUGUGAAACCUUAUAAAUUGCUCUGGGAUAUAUGUGCUGUCUUUUGUUCGCAGACAUUCUUCACGCUGGUGGUUGAGAAGAUGCACUGACGAUGACACUCUUCACAAUCACACUCUUCUUUGCUUGUUUUGAGAAGCAAUAUGUAGUAGAAAGACAUACGUAUUUAUUAGUUUCUAUAUUGGCUUCAAGAAGAAAAAAAAGCCAUUCGCUUCUAUUCGAAGAGGAGCGAGCCCCGGUUUGUUUUCCCUACCAGCCACCAUCAUCAAAAAAAGGGGCCUAAUAGUAUCUCUAUGCUGGUAUCCUUAGGCUUGACUUUUACAUAUGGUAGGUCCGUCUGCGUCUUCCAUGUCCAUCGUGUAGAAUAGUCAUUGGAAAGAAGAAGUAAUAAUGAUAAAGGUGUCCACCUCAACCUCAUAAUCAUAAUGUUGAAUGAGCAAAAUUUAUUAAAGUAAAAACAUCAACAAACAACAAGUAGAACUACUGCUACAGCUACACCUACAUCAUGCAUAAGGCAAAAGCUCUAAGGCAACUGGCGGUUGGUGUGUAGGGGACGGAUCCAAGGCAAUCGGAUUCACUUUUCCUGCGCAAACAAAGUCGUCUUUGGUCCAGGAAGAACCUGAUGCACUAUGAAACCAAGAUCUAUUAUCAUCUCUCUAGUUUUUCCUGGAUAGCAGUAGUACUUUUCUACCUCAGAAACUUGAGAAUGAUAACAGAUUUUGGCUUCAUAUGAUGAUCGCUAUUGGGAGCUGCAAGAAGGGGCGGAUGAAUCAGCGGUGGCGUUAAGGCUACAACCACUGAAACAUCCUGCACGUCCUCCUUGGUCCUUUUUCUACUCGAAAAGCUGACCAAGAAUGCAGUCAGGGAUGCUAACGGGGUCGCUCUAAUGGCGGAUGAAUCAACGGCGGCGGAUGAAUCAACGGUGUCCAGUACUGGGACGGAAUCAAGAUCAAGAGCAGCAUCUGGUAGUACAAGUAUAA